UUUGACAUUCAUUGACAUUGACAUUCGAUGUGCACGUCUUCGGUCUCUCCCGUGCGAUUUUUCCCAUAUUUUUCAAUUUUAUAAAUUUAUAACUGGAAUUUAUAAUUUAGCGCCAUGGAUUACAACAGUAGACAACUGGCCGAAGACACCUUUCUACGAGUACCAGUAGACGCCCGAGUGAGGAAACAUAAAGAUGAGCAAGAAGAAGAGAGUCAUCCAUCUCUCAAAGUGGAGAUGCAAACCAUUCGUCUCAAUCCCGACUCACAGAAACUUGUAUUGGACACGCUUAGAUUUAUCCACGGCCAAGAUUUUAAACUGGAAAGUAGUAGCAGCUACAAGGACAAAGGUUCAAACCUGGGAAAUCGUUUCUGGAUGGAAAGAGGCAAUCUAGUGGUUAGAGGAGGGUGUGAUUACUCACUCACACCCAAACCAGACAUAAAAUCCUCUGAAACGAGGUUGCGAGAGUUUGCAUUGUCAAAAUUAGCAAAAUAUUGCUUUCACAAGCCACAUUGUGCGGAAGCCUUAGAAAAUGCAGCAGAAAAUGUUGAUAGUGCACUAGAAAUCCUAUUUAUGAAAUAUUUCAAUGUUACUCAACAAGAAAAACCUGAAAAUAUCCCUUCUAAAACAGAAUUACUGGAAAUGAGAAUGGACGAAAAAGCAGUAUUGGAAUCGAUUUACGAAAACAGUUUUAAAGCGAAUGAUGCAAAUAUAUGGACUGUGAACCUUGAUCUGGAUUAUUUAACAAAUGUUUAUAAAAGUACAGAUGCCCAGGUUCCAAAGAAAAGAGAAGACAAAAAUACGAAUUUCAAAACGAAAAAGAAAGAAGCGUGCAAACUCUUUUUACGAGGUUCUUGCAGAUUUGGUGCUAAAUGCAAAUUUUCACACGAAACAGAAGCAGAAAAUAAACGGAAAGAAAUUGCUUAUACAGAUAGUGAAAAAGUUUCUUAUGAAUUAGAAAUAAUGUUUCCAGAAAACUCUUUAUAUCCUUACGAACCUCCAGUACUAUUUUUUAAACCACAGCAUAGUUCCAGUUUGAUACCAGAGCUAACAUGUUUGCGAAUAACCGCUAGAUUAUAUGACGAAGCCAAAAUAUUAGCCCAAGACGGUGUACCAAGUAUUUACACACUAGUAGAAUUAUUGAACAACGAAGAAGAUAUAUUAAAUUUUAUAAAGUUUGAUACUAGAAAAUUCCCAGAACCGUUUGAAGCAUUAUUCCCUCAGCUAAUAGAAAAUUCGAAUUCAAAGAAGGUAACACACCCUUCUCAUUAUAAGAAAGGGGAAACCAAAGAUAGAUCAAAUAUUAAUUUUAAUACAAUAUUGAAAGAAAACAGUGAAAUAGUUAGAUGGUGGUUAGACAAACGCGAUAAUAAUAAGUAUCAUAAAAUGUUGUCUAGCAGGAAAAAGUUACCAGCAUGGAAAAAACGGAAAGAAAUUUUAGAUGCAAUGGAUAAAUCACAGGUAAUAGUAAUAAGCGGGGAGACGGGUUGCGGCAAGAGUACGCAAGUGCCGCAGUACAUUCUGGACGACUGGCUCGACAGCUACAGCCACGGAGGGCGCGAGCACGUGGACAUAGUGUGUACUCAGCCCAGGAGGAUAUCCGCUAUUGGGGUAGCCGACAGAGUGGCUGAGGAACGGGUUGAGAGGACAGGGCAGAUUGUCGGCUAUCAGAUCAGAUUAGAAAGCAAAGUUUCUUCUAAAACAAGACUAACCUUCUGCACCACCGGCAUUUUACUGCGAAGAUUAGAAUACGAUCCACAGUUACAAUCUAUCACUCAUAUAUUAGUCGACGAAGUUCACGAAAGGUCUGAAGAGAGCGAUUUUCUUCUACUCAUACUGAAGGACCUUAUCAAAGUACGGAAGGACUUAACUAUUGUGCUUAUGAGUGCGACAAUGAACGCCGAUUUGUUCUCGGGUUACUUUAACAAGGUUCCAGUUAUUGAAAUACCAGGUCGAACUUUUCCAGUGGAACAACUGUUUUUGGAUGACGUUAUGGACAUUACAAAUUAUGUUUUAGAAGAAAAUGGUCCAUACGCGCGAAAAGUUAAGAAAGGUGAUAGAGAGAAGAGGAUAGACUUCGAAACUGAGUUCGAAACAUGUGACGUCAAAUCGGAAGCAACGGAACCGCCUAAGGCGUCGAUACGUGACGAAAACCUCUCAAUAUCGCAAAUGGUCGCACGGUAUCCAAACUGUAGCAAAUUAGCGUGCAAGAAUUUGUAUCUCAUGGACACUGAAAAGAUAAAUCUAGACCUCGUAGAACAUGUUCUAACGUACAUAGUGGAAGGCGAUCACUCGUGGCCGCGAGAGGGCGCCAUUUUGAUUUUCCUGCCCGGCAUCGGAGAGAUUAUGUCCUUGCACGACCAACUGGCUGAAAGUCACACGUUUAGUCCAAAUACAGGUAAAUACGUAUUAGUGCCGCUCCACUCAACACUGUCAAGCGAAGAACAGGCGCGGGUGUUUAAGAAACCUCGGCCCGGGGCGAGGAAGAUUGUGCUUUCAACCAACAUAGCGGAGACUUCGGUUACUAUAGACGACUGCGUUUUUGUUGUUGACUGCGGACGGAUGAAGGAGAAAAGGUUCGAUUCCAACCGCAACAUGGAAUCCUUAGACCUAGUGUGGGUGUCGCGAGCCAACGCGAAGCAACGUAGAGGCCGCGCCGGUAGGGUCAUGCCCGGGGUCUGCAUACAUCUGUUCACAUCCCAUCGAUACACCCAUCACUUUGCGGAACAACCCGUACCGGAGAUACAUAGAGUGCCAUUGGAACAACUGUUAUUGAAGCUGAAGAUUCUGCCGCUAUUUCAGAACAUGAACGUACAUGAAGUAUUAGGUAAAACGAUAGAACCUCCCCUCAAAUCCAACAUAGACGGUGCAUUAACCCGCUUGCAAGACGUGGGUGCUUUAGACAAAUCUUUUGUCCUCACUGCGCUCGGGAAGCACUUGGCGGCGCUACCAGUGGACGUGAGGAUAGGGAAGCUGAUGCUAUUCGGCGCUAUAUUCUGCUGUGUGGACUCGGCUUUAACUAUGGCGGCUUUUUUGAGCCACAAAAGCCCUUUUGUCGCGCCUUUUGGGAAAAAGACAGAGGCUGACGCAAAAAGGAGAGAAUUCGCUUGUUCGAAUAGUGAUCAGUUGACUACGUUAAGAGCUUAUAGGAGAUGGCAGCAAGCGCUAAAGUCAAGCACACACGCGGCGCUAGUGUUCUCCAACGAGCACUUCCUUUCGCACAAGACGCUCAUGAUGCUCGCCGAUAUCAAGCACCAGCUGCUCGGCUUGCUGGCUUCCAUCGGCUUCGUACCCGACAUGCCCGCUCUGAGGAGGAAGAUGAGGAAGGAUUCCGUUGCUUCAUUGACUGGGGAUGAAUUGAACUGCAAUGGAAAUAAUGACAAAUUGUUGGCUGCGAUUCUGUGCGCUGCGUUAUAUCCUAAUGUCGUGAAGGUGCUAACCCCAGAAAAAGCGUUUCACAUGCAAGCAAGUGGCGCCAUACCUCGCCAGCCGACACCAGACGAGCUGAAGUUCAAGACCAAAUCGGACGGCUACGUAGCCCUCCACCCCUCCUCUGUUAACUCCACCAUAGGAUACUUCGCGAGCCCAUAUCUAGUGUACCAAGAGAAGGUGAAAACGUCGAGGGUUUUUAUACGGGAGUGCUCUAUGGUGCCUCAGUUGCCGUUGGUUUUGUUUUCUGGUUGUACGUUAGCUGUGGAGCUUCAUAAUGGCACAUUUAUCGUUUCCUUGGAAGACGGAUGGAUUAUGUUCCAAGUUGAAAAGCAUGAAGUUGCCGAAAUGCUAAAGACGAUUCGUGUGGAACUCAUCAAUCUUCUAGAAGAGAAGAUUAAAGAUCCCUCGUUGGACCUGCUGCAUUAUGAGAAAGGAAACAAAAUCAUCAAGACAAUCGUCCAAAUUAUAUCUAAAGAUUAAUCUUUAGUGACAUAGAAUAAUCCUGUAUGAAUAAUAAUUUAUUGUACUACUAUAUUAUUAUUAUAAACGAUUACUAUGGUGAUUUUGAGUUAUCGAUAUUUCGACCCAUAAGACGUGAUCUUAUAUCCGUUAUUGACAUGUUAACAACAUAAGCUUAAGAUCAUUACUUUAUUAAUUUACAAAAAAAAAUACGUUAUUACGUACUAUUGUACAAUUGUACGAUUGUAUUGUAUAAUUAUACAAUUGUGUUGUGUGAACACCAAACGUUGAUUCACAUUGUUCACACAACACGAAUCUCGGUCUGGUACGUCCCGCCCUUGAAACGGAAUUCACAUUACAUUUUUUA